UGCAGCUCCAUUGUGUGGGGUGAGUGUGGACAGAGAGAGGAGCAGCUGUGGGCUGUGGAAGGGAGACAGCAAUCCCAAUCCAGUCCUGGACCAGGAGCUGUCCUGUCACUGGGAUUGAGAGGAGCCCGGGGCACCAGGCCCAGGACUCUGCCUCAGUCCGUGGUGCUCCUCUCCCCGAGCUUCCUGCACCUCGACCAGCUUGAGCCAAUGCGGAAGAAGAUUGUGAGACCAAACACAGGCUGGACGAGGAAGUGAAGAGGCCUCAAAAAGCAGAAGUGGGUCGUGGAGACUGGACCCUCUGUGAGGAGGCUUGAAAUUGUCCCCCCUCAGGAACCUGGUAUUGCUGUGGGUGACGUCUGUGCUGUAGACAUGACCCCAGGGGACAGAAGGCCGUGGCUGCCUGUAGCUCUGCUCCUUUUGCAGGUCCCAGGCUGUUCAUCUCUGAGUGGCCCCACCUCCAUGACGGGCACCGUGGGGGGAUCCCUGAGCGUGCAGUGUCAGUAUGAGGAGAAAUUCAGAGACAUUGCCAAAUACUGGUGCAAGAGCCCAUGUUUGGGGGAUAUUGUGAAGAUUGAAAAGUCAGAUAAAGAAGUGAGGAACGGCCGGGUGUCCAUCAGGAACCAUCCUGUAAACCUCACCUUCACAGUGACCUUGGAGAACCUCACAGAAGGUGAUGCAGGAACAUACCGGUGUGGGAUCGAUACAUCAUGGCUCCCAGGAUAUUUGCUCGACGUCACCUUCCAUGUUGUGGUGUCUGUGACCCCAGGCUCUUUGUCUCUGAGUGGCCCCAGCACCGUGAUGGGCACCGUGGGGGGUUCCCUGAGAGUCCAGUGUCGGUACGAGGAGAAAUACAAGACAUUUACCAAAUACUGGUGCCGACAACCGUGCUUGCCACUAUGGAACCAGACUGUGGCCACCAGAGGGUCUGAGGAAGAGAUGAGAAGUGGCCGCGUGUCCAUCGUGGACCAUCCUGGGGACCUCACGUUCACAGUGACCUUGGAGAACCUCACUGUAGACGAUACAGGAAAAUACAGGUGUGGGAUCGCAACAAUACUGCAUGAAGAAGGACUCCAUGGUUUCCUGCCUGACCUCUUUUUCCAGGUUCAAGUGUUUGUCUCCCCCAGGUCCCUGCUCGGCAGUGUCCACUUCCUGCUCCUCAUUCUCCUGAAGGUACCCUUGUUUCUGAUUAUGCUCAGUGCCGUCCUCUGGGUCAACAGGCCUCAGUGGGCAACUUGUGGGACACAGAGUCGGCCUGAUGAAGACAAGCGGCGGCCCUCCUUGAGCAUCGAUAUCCUGUCCAGAGACACUGCCACUCAGACUAGAGGAGGAAGAACUUCUGACCCCAAACCUUCUAUCUCUUCUCACCUUAUUGCCAAAAACUGGUAAAUAAACAGAAAAGCUUGAAAAAAAUGCAAUAAAA